AUGUGCAGUAUAAUUAGUGGACAACUAAAAAUUGCCUCAGAGAGUCAUUAUGCUAUUAAAGCAGACGGCCGCAUUCUCCACGAGGCCGAGGAUGUCAGCGCUCGUCGGGAAGAGUAUGAACAAGAGCCGAAAGAUCUAGUCCUGGAAGUUGUUACAUCUGGUCCACUAAUUCUGAAGUCAGAAGUGCGCUGGUCAUUGCAGCAAAUGAAAUCAGGAAAAACUGCAGAUCCUCACGGUGUAUACAUCGACAUGCUCAGGGCCUUGGGAGAGAAAGGUAUUAAUCUCAUCUGGAACAUCCUAAAUGAUAUCCAUGAAAGAAGCAAGUUACCUAAAGAAAUUAUGAAAUCAGUAUUCGUUGCCUUGCUGAAGGUCUCAGGAACACGUGAGUGCUCACAACAUCGCACGAUUAGUCUAAUGUCACAUAUUCUUAAAACUCUGAUGCUGAAAAUCAUCCUACUGAGGAUCAGAAGACAACUCCUACAAGAAAUACCAAAGACCCGGUUUGGGUUUAUGGAGGAUAAGGGGACGAGGGAUGCUAUCUUCGUCAUGAGAAUACUUGCCGAGAGAACAUCCAACACCAGCAAAACAUCUACCUGGUGUUCAUUAACUUUCAAAAAGCUUUUGAUAUCGUCUGGCACUUAA